CCCCCUCGCCCGAACGGCCGCGCUGCAUAACGGCGCAGUGACGGGGCAGCCCGGCCUGCCGGUGGUUGCCGCGCAUGCGCAAAGGCAGCGUCGCCCCUUCCGUUCCGUCUGUCACCUCACAGUUGGUGUCGCAGCGGGGUUGGGACCGGACCGGGAGCGGGGCCGUGGCCGCGCCUCCCUCUCCCCCUUCCCCUUCCGGUGCGGGCCCGGCCGCGGGCGUCCCGCCGUGCGCGGCCCCCAUGGAGGAGCCGCUGGUGCUGCACCCGGUGAAGCUCUACGUGUACGACCUGUCCAAGGGCAUGGCGCGGCGCCUCAGCCCCCUCAUGCUGGGGAAACAGCUGGAUGGUAUCUGGCACACCUCCAUUAUAGUCCAUAAGGAUGAGUUCUUCUAUGGCAGUGAGGGAAUCUCCAGCUGUGCCCCUGGGGGAACACUGCUUGGCCCCCCAGACUCAGUUGUUGACCUGGGGAACACUGAAGUCACAGAGGAGAUUUUCCUGGAAUAUCUUUCCUCGUUGGGAGAAUCUAUGUUCCGAGGAGAGUCUUACAACCUCUUUGAACAUAACUGCAACACCUUCAGUAAUGAAGUGGCACAGUUCCUGACAGGAAGAAAGAUCCCUUCCUACAUCACUGACCUUCCAGCUGAAGUGCUUGCCACACCUUUCGGACAAGCUUUAAGGCCCCUCCUGGACUCCAUCCAGAUCCAGCCACCAGGUGGAAAUACCUUCAGCAGACAUAAUGGACAGAGCUAACAGGAGUGACCCGGUGUGCCCAGCCUCACCAGGCCUCUUCCUUUUUAAUCAUGAAUUACCAGAUUUCUAUUUUAUAAUUUCCCAUCAAAAUUAACUCUAUGGAAAUGACAAGACAAGUUUUCAAAUUUCCUAGGGAGAGGAUUUAUCGGGGUGCAUGUAAGACAAUGCUACCAAAAAAGAUUGCCAUAAUUUCUAAUAGUAUUAUACUAACUUAUAAAGGCUGUCUUGCCUGAGUAGGCUGUCACUUUUGAAAUAACUCCCAUGCCAGUAAAGUGUGGAUUCAUUCCAUGAUCAUUCAAGGGCCCAUUAUACAACUUGGGGUAAAUAAGGGGAUGUUCUAGCCAUCCCUUGCCAGGCUCACAUCUCUUUCUCUUGUCACUGCCUAUAUUAUGGGGGCAUUUGCUCAUGUCUGUAGCAGAAUGACAAAGGAAGUGUUUGUAGCCUAGAAAGUGAAGGUCUCCCAGUGUGAGCCUUCUGUUUAUUUCAUUGACGUUGUGUUAUUUGCUCAGGGGAAAAGGUGAGCUCAUCUGAUUAGAAUAUUUGAAAUGGCACAGCCAUGUGGGAAAGGUGGCCUAGUUGAACUAAGUGUCCCUUUCAAGAUUGCAACUUUCAAAGGGAUUAAGUGUGGGGGGGAGGGAGGCUGCAGCUGAAAAUUACCAAGAGCCUCCUCCUGCUAGAUCCAAGAAUUAUGAGAGAGAACGAGCUGAAAGAACAGAAUCUUGUGAGCAAUAGUGGUGGAAACACAUUUCAAGUGAGAGCAAAAUGAAGUGAAAUGUUUCUUUUUCUCUCAAGCAAGCUUACUAGCAAAUGUGCAGAACCUUGUUAACUACCUACCUUCACACAAGAACUGGUUUUGCUCGCUAUGCCAGAGUUACGAUACAGGAAAGCAGGAAUAGCACAGCAGCUACAUAAUAGUACAAGACAGGCCAAUUCCGCCUUCAGUAUCCAGCUGCAGCCACAGUAGGAGUUCCAACUUUCUCAAAUAUCACUGUCCUUUCCAAAGCAGUCAAGUAUGUCACAGAUAGGACUCUGAUUAAGUGCAAGAGAAAUAGGUAAUAGGUCUCCCCAAAUUUAAAGAAAAUGAGCAAGACUAAAAUUAAGUUUUUCUAUGGAACAAUUGCAUUUAUCAGGAUAUAUACAGAAGCAGUUUUAUCCUCAGAUUGACAUUAGAUUGCAUCCAUACUGCAUCUCCUGAUUUAAGCUUCUUACAGCUUUGCUAUUAUUUGUAGUGGGAAAAGAUUAGGGAAAGGAAAGAAUAGACACGUUCACUUCUUUUCACCUUUCCUGGACAACUCUGUAGCAAUUAUAUUUAGGAAGGAACACAAGAAAGAGUCAUCAGACAACUGUAACAUUCUCAAAACCCAAAAGCGCUGCUGAUUCUCCAUAAAGGGGGAUUGCACAUUCUGGAUGCUGCUGAUAAAGCAUCUAUGCAAGUAUAUAGCCCUUUGUCCAGUGCUUUAUUGUGAAAAGAAUUGCAGCAAGUUCAGUCCUGCAUCUUAAAACUUCCUGCACUGGAAACCUCCUGCAUAUCUAAAGUAGAUAUCUUUUCUCUGCAGGCUCUUUCUCCCAAAAUAAUGUGUUAAUAACUUUCUCAUGCUAUUAUUCAGUGAGGACUAUAACGGUUCAUAUUUUUGUGGGGGUGGAACAGAGGAAAAUAAAAUUUUAUUGAGGCUGCAUCAAAUAUUCUUUUGCCCUGCACCUUGUGCAAUCAUUACAUAUGUGAAAAUAAGGUACUGUCAGUGCAUUUUGCAGCUGUGUAUGUACCUGCUCUCAGUGCACAGCAGUGGUCUUUGCAGCCCAGAAUGUCUUUCUCCUUCUGUCAUUCUCUGCUUGUGCCAUCAACUUCUCCUUAAGUGUUUCAUUUGAUGUACUGGACUCUGAAACAACUUUAACAGUUAGUUCUGGUUUAUACAAAAGCUCUCAAUCUUUCUCCCUUUUUCCCUACUAAAAGUCAGUGUUUGCAAAAAAAAAAAAAAAAAAAAAAAAAAACACCUCUAUAAUAAAGCAUUUGUGAACACCUUUUGGUGCUGUUGGAGGAGGAAUCAGUAAGUGUUUGCUUUCUGCUAACCCAUAGCUUAAUGUUCCUCUUCUCUAUAUAUCCUCACCAGUCUUUUCCCAUACCUAUUGUGUAAAGAGUAAGUGGUCUCUCAUCUUAAGACAGAUGUGACUACACCACAAAAUGCAGUAGCAUUAGAGAUCUUGGAGCUUCCCCAGCCAAACAGGUAUACCCAAUUUGACAGGGUGCAGCCCAACUAGCACCCAAAAGCAGCACAGCUGUGGUUGCUUGUCUUUCAGCAAACUACUUACUUCAGGCACAGCACUCCACUGAUAUGGCUGCUCUGCUUCCCGUUCAGGGGAAGCUCUGGCACCAUGGUCUGUGCCCCACACUCCAUUGCACGGUGUGGAUGCAUUCUGUGUGUCCACCACUUAGUGGUCCUGAGCCUGGGUUCUGCUUGGCUGCCUACUUCAGGACCUGUUACAUCCUGUCAGGAGGGAGGGAAGAAAAGGAAGAGGUUCACCCUAUGCAUUUUGCAGUCUGCCUUUUCCCCUCCCAAGUAGCCCCUUUGAAGAGAUAAUGCUGCUAUUUGAAUAUCACCAGGUAAAACUUCACUCAGCCAUAUUCUGUUUGCAAUAGCAAUGGAGCUCUGAAAGGAGCUCGCAAAGGGCCUCCUUGGUUCUGGACCUGCUCUAGGUUCUGUGGCAAAAGACCUCUAGGAGGGAAUCCUGUUUGCUUGAACUUACUGAAUAGUGAGAUCCCUAUACUGUGUAGGCUUUUUAAAAACACAUUUUCUCCAAAGAUGGUUAUGUGUAAAUUGCAGAACUGUGCACCCAACAUUCCACCCAGCCAUACUUAUUUAUAGGAAUAUAAGAUAGAAUGAGAAAUGUAUGUAAGUGUAUAUAAGCGAAGAACUUUAGCCAGCUGAUUGACAGGGGCAGGGAAGCUGAACUCCUGAAAGAGAGCAGAAUCCACUUGCCCCAACUUACGUUCUGUCUUGUGUUGUUGGGGUUCCCCCAUGCCAUUUUAAAAAUGUUAAUAAUGUCUUUAGGCAGAAAGUGAUGUUUUGGGGGGGGGGGGUUCUGUUGUUUUUUUUUUCUAUUACAAUAAACAGAAAUACAGCAGUU